AUGCUAGAAAGACUCGGAGUUCCAAGCAAGCCAUAUGAAGAGAAAAACCAACAAGAGUUGAAAAGUAGAGUUCAUGUUGAUUCGAUAGAAGAUAAUGAAAUUUUGAGCCUAAUCUUGUCACCUAUGAAACGUCACUCAACAUUAGAGAAAACUUUGAGUCAACAAAACAAAAGUGACAAUGAAGAAGCAGAGGUCCUAGCUGUUCAUCACGUUACAAUUAACGAGCUCGAUGAAGAGGAACCUUUCGAGGAUGAGGUUCAUAAUGCCCAUGCCACACUAGAAGAUUGGGGACAAGCGACUGUAGAUGAAUUAAAAGAACUCAACUUGGGUACAAAUGAAGACCCAAGACCUAUCUUCGUUAGUGCACUUUUGAACCCUAAUGAAGAGGAAUCAUAUCAUCAACUCUUACUUGAGUUAAGGCAUUACAUGCAAGCUUUCACAGUUCAUCUAAUUGCACGAGCUGACCCGGUGAGGUACGUUAUGUCAAAACCAGUCUUGACGGGGUGUUUGGCCAAGUGGGCGUUACUUCUCAAUCAAUAUGAAAUUAUCUACACUCCAGUAAAGGCGUUUAAGGGUCAAACUAUUGCAGACUUCCUACCCGAUCAUCUAAUUCCAGCAGACUGGAAAAUUUCAGAUGACUUACCCGACGAACAAGUCUUCUUCACUGAAAUUUCUCCUGCUUGGAUGAUGUUCUUUGGUUGA